ACCCUCACGGUCACCGCUCCUCCUCUCUUAGGAGACUGUACCCGAAACAGAAAUCACUGGGCCAAAAAUAUCUUCAGCUCUUUACUAGUAUUCCUAACUGGAUAUCCCAACCUAAUUGAUUCGUGACCUUUUUAACUCCCAUAAAGACAUAAACAUCCCCCACAUUUCCAGCACGAAUAAAUCCUUUCUCAAAACAUCUAGGGGUACUUUUGUCCCCAAAAUCUAUUGCAAGCCCUAAUUCGUUGUUUCCCUAACUAAACAUCUAAAUCCCUAAUUCCAAUAUAACCACAAACGUAACUCCUUAUUUGAGUUUCUCUUGCGCAUAUUCCCUCUAGGUAGGGCUAGGGUUUACUUGCCCGCUUUAAGUAUUGUGCUCGAUUCAAUAAAAUUGAGCGAGAUUAGAUAGAUCCGCGAGGCUGCGAGCUCGAGCGAAGUAUCAAUAAUGGGAGUUCCGGCGUUUUACCGGUGGUUAGCCGAGAAAUAUCCAUUAGUAGUGGUGGAUGCAAUUGAAGAAGAACCAGUGGUCAUCGAUGGAGUUAAGAUUCCAGUGGAUGCGAGUAGGCCUAACCCUAACAACAUCGAAUACGAUAAUUUAUAUCUUGAUAUGAACGGGAUUAUUCACCCUUGCUUUCACCCCGAAGACAGACCUUCACCAACUUCAUUCGAGGAGGUAUUCCAGUGCAUGUUUGACUAUAUUGAUAGACUUUUUGUGAUGGUCAGACCUCGAAAGUUGCUAUACAUGGCAAUUGACGGCGUUGCUCCUCGGGCUAAAAUGAAUCAGCAAAGAUCCAGGCGUUUUAGAGCUGCUAAAGAUAGAGAAGAGGCGGCAGCUGAAGAAGAAAGGCUUAGACAGGAGUUUGAGAGGGAGGGCAGAAAGCUGCCUCCCAAGGAGUCAUCACAAGUCUUUGAUUCCAAUAUUAUCACGCCUGGAACUGAAUUUAUGGCGGUUCUCUCAAUUGCACUGCAGUAUUACAUUCAUCUCAGACUAAAUAAUGAUCCUGGAUGGAAAAAAGUAAAGGUCAUCCUUUCUGAUGCAAAUGUUCCUGGUGAAGGGGAACACAAGGUUAUGUCAUACAUUCGUCUUCAGAGAAAUCUUCCUGGUUAUGAUCCAAAUACACGCCAUUGCCUGUAUGGUUUGGAUGCGGAUUUGAUUAUGUUGGCAUUGGCUACCCAUGAAAUCCACUUUUCAAUUCUUAGAGAGAUUGUCUUCACGCCUGGUCAACAAGACAAAUGCUUUUUAUGCGGUCAGAUGGGUCAUUUAGCAGCAGAUUGUGAAGGAAAGGCUAAGAGGAAGGCUGGAGAAUUUGAUGAGAAAGGUGAUGAGGGAGCUGUAGCAAAGAAACCUUACCAGUUUCUCAAUAUUUGGACUCUUAGAGAGUAUCUGGAACUGGAGAUGAGAAUUCCAAAUCCCCCAUUCAAGAUUGAUUUUGAAUGCAUUGUGGAUGAUUUUAUUUUCAUGUGUUUCUUUGUUGGCAAUGAUUUUUUGCCACAUAUGCCGACUUUGGAGAUUCGCGAGGGUGCAAUCAACUUGCUUUUAGCAGUAUAUAAGAAGGAAUUUACGGCAAUGGGCGGGUAUCUGACUGAUGGAUGCAAGCCAAAUUUGAGCAAGGUGGAGCAUUUUAUUCAAGCAGUGGGGUCCUAUGAGGAUAAAAUAUUCCAGAAAAGAGCGCGCUUGCACCAGCGGCAGUCAGAAAGGAUCAAGCGAGAAAAGGCACAGUCAAGGUCAAGAAGGGGAGAUGAUGCACAGCCACAAGUUCAACCAGAGUCUUUGGUUCCAGUUGCUCGAUUUCAUGGUUCUCGUCUUGCCUCAGCUCCUUCACCUUCACCAUUUCAGCACAGUUUAGAGGCUGCAGACCUUGAUGUUAGAAGCGCACAUUUUUCUGCACUCGAUGGUAAAGGAUCUUCUGUUCAGGCCCAUAAAGUGGCGCGUUUGUCUUCAUCAGCUAGUGUUGGUGCUGCCAUUGUUGAAGCAGAGAAUAGUCUGGAAAUAGAAGUACAUGAAAACAAAGACGAAUUGAAAGCUAAGCUUAAGGAGAUACUUCGUGAGAAGUCUGAUGCUUUUAACUCUAAAAAUCCGGAGGAAGACAAGAUUAGAUUGGGAGAUCCAGGAUGGAAGGAAAGGUAUUAUGAAGAGAAGUUCUCUGGAAAAACUCCUGAGGAACUUGAAGACAUACGAAGGGAUGUUGUUCUGCGGUACACUGAAGGACUAUGUUGGGUCAUGCACUAUUACUAUGAAGGAGUUUGUUCUUGGCAGUGGUUUUACCCCUAUCAUUAUGCGCCCUUUGCUUCUGAUCUCAAACAUCUGGGUCAGUUGGACAUUAAGUUUGAACUGGGUUCUCCAUUCAAGCCAUUCAAUCAGCUUCUUGGGGUUUUUCCUGCUGCAAGGUGCCCGAGCUGUUUACUUUUCUUGUGUUAUCUCUCUCUUAAAGAAGAAACUAAAUGUAGGUUUUUUUUUUUUUUUUUUUUUUGCAGUUCCCAUGCUCUUCCUGUGCAUUAUAGAAAAUUGAUGAGUGAUCCGAAUUCACCUAUUAUUGAUUUUUACCCUACUGAUUUUGAAGUGGACAUGAAUGGGAAGCGUUAUGCAUGGCAGGGUAUUGCAAAGUUGCCCUUUAUUGAUGAAGUUCGUCUUCUUGCGGAGGUCAAAAAGAUUGAACACACACUAACGGAGGAGGAAGCAAGGAGAAACAGUGCGAUGUUUGACAUGCUUUUUGUGUUAUCAUCUCACUCUCUUGCUGAGAGUAUAUAUUUACUUGAUAAUAACUGUAAACAAUUAACAGACAGAGAAAGGGUUGAAGUUAAGGAACGUAUUAAUCCUGAGUUGAGGGCUACAUGCAGUGAUGGGAUGAAUGGUUAUAUAUCUCCAUGUUCUGGAGAUACCCACCCUCCUAUAUUCAGGUCUCCAGUUGCUGGCAUGGAAGACAUUUUGGACAAUGGAGUCAUAUGUGCUAUAUACAGACUUCCGGACCCACAUAAACAUGUAACUCGGCCACCUGCUGGUGUUAUAUUCCCAAAGAAGAUCGUGAAUGUUGUAGAUCUGAAGCCUGAUCCUGUUUUAUGGCAUGAAGACUCUGGGCGGAAGCCUUGGGAAAGUGAUAGGCGAAAUCCCCCUGGAACCAUCUCUGGUCGUCAGCUUGGGGAGGCAUCACAUCGACUUGUCGUUAAUAGUUUGCAAAUGAAGGUUGACCAUAAUGGGUAUGCCAAUCAUUUGCAUGCUCCAAUACCACCUUAUGCAGCGACUGCUCAUGUCCCAGUGCACAGUUCUUACGCAAAUGGAUCGCAUGAUCCAAGACGAGAUAGAACGGGGCAACCCAGAAUGGAUUAUUCUCAUGCAGGUCAAAAUAGAUUUUUCAAUCCUACUCAAUAUAAUAACAACCAUGGUUAUGGUCAAUCCUAUGCAUCUCCGGGUAAUGCCCAUUUCAGUGGGUCUCGGCCCCAGUAUGAAAGAGAGAACCGAUCAAAUGGACAGCAUUCAAGACAGGUGUACCUCCAGCCAGAAUUUCAUCAGAAUGGACCACGGUACCUGCAUGGUUCCAUGGCAGGGACGUCUGAAUCCUAUGCUUAUCAAGAUGAUUACGAUGGCUACCAGAGCCAUCAACCACCUAGAGAUGCUAGUCAUCAACAAUGGGGUAAUGGGCUGCCCCCACCAGUUAAUCUGAACUUUCCCAGAGGAUAUGAUCAGAGUCAACAAAGGGGCAAUAGAUAUUCUGUUCUAGAAACGAGAGGAAGUAGGAACCCUCAAUUACCUGGUGCCAGUGGGCUAGAUAGGAGGCCGCCACCCCAGCCACCACAUGGUGGGGCAAAUAGGAGGCCACAGUAUCCACCGCAUGGUGGAGCAAAUAGGAGGCCACAGCAACCACCACCACCUGGGUAUGGACGCCGAUAGGAUUAUUUCGUGUCAUAGUAAAAUACCUGGAUUUCUGUACAACAGUUUUUAAUGCUUCAUCCAUUUUUCAUUUCAUUAGUGAUAAGGUUUCGAGUUGUUGCCAUUUGUAUUUUUCAAUUGUGUUGUUUCUUGUUGUAAUUGGCAGGAGCUGAAAUUUCGUAAUAAGCAGUGGCGAGCUUAUUCA